CCUGCGCAUUGUUUUAUGGCGGGAAAGUGCACGUGGCGCGGCUGCGGCGACGAGGACGAGGUACGUCGACCGCGAGAAGCAAACGACUCCAAUAUGGCGAACGUUAGAGACAGUGAUACGUCGUUGUGGCUGCAUAACAAACUCGGUACGUCGAACGAUAGCUGGACUGGUAGCUCGAUUUGCUCGCAGCUCAAUGCCGAGGUAUUGCGAAACAUCAAGGAUUGUUUUCCUGAUCUGCAGACGCAGGUUAAGCUUAAACUACUACUCUCGUUCUUCCACAUACCCAGACGGAAUGUCGAGGAGUGGCGUGUGGAACUGGAGGAAAUUAUUGAGGUUGCAAUAUUGGAUGGAGAGCUAUGGGUAUCGAUGUUAUCCGAAGCGAUGAAGACUUUUCCAUCAACGGGUUCAUUGAACACAGAUAUCAGUGACUUGGAAGAACAUAGACCAAUCUUUGGGGAAUUAGUCAAUGAUUUACGGAAACUUCUGAAGAAGCAGAAUGAUCCAGCUAUGCUUCCUUUGGAAUGUCAUUAUCUUAACAAGACUGCAUUAACCUCGGUGGUAGGUCAGCAACCUACACCAGUCAAACAUUUUACUCUUAAAAGGAAGCCAAAGAGUGCAGCCUUGAGGGCAGAAUUGCUUCAGAAGAGCACAGAUGCUGCUAAUAAUCUCAAAAAGAGCACAGCUCCUACUGUACCUGUAAGAAGUCGUGGAAUGCCAAGAAAAAUGACUGACACAACACCUCUCAAAGGCAUUCCUAGUAGAGUUCCAACGAGCGGUUUCCGGUCUUCUUCACUCACUAGUUCCACCAUGUCCAACAGAACACCAAUUAGCAGUAGAAUGCGAAAGGAUGGUGGUAUCAAGUUAUUAGACAUUAACGAACAACCACUUGGGUAUGCUCAAGCAAAGAAGAGGAAAAAGAUGCUGGAGUUGGAAGAACAGCAGAAAAAGGUCGCAGAGGCUCAAGCAGCGGCUGCGGCUGCUGCUUCAGCUACGGCUGUUUCGCCAGUAGUAGAAACUCCUGUAACUCCAGAAUACGCUCAAGGACUGGCCCCGAUAAAUCCACCUGCCACCCCUGUCGCGCCGGUGGUCACGACACAAUCUUACGUCGCGCCUAAUACACCAAGUAGUAUCGUUGUUACGACUGCAUCAACAACAUCUACUACAUUAACCACACCCACGACGCCCACUACUGUAUUGCCAGUAGUUACGACAACGGUAAUAACACCAGUGGAAACUACGCCUGUCGCUGUACAAACGGUCAGACCGACUCAAACAGUUACGCAAAUUCGUAUACAGACCACUACGCAGCCUGGUGUGGCGGCUAAUACAAGGAAAGGCCUAUCUCUUACGCGAGAACAAAUGUUGGAGGCACAGGAGAUGUUUAGAACUGCGAAUAAAGUAACGCGUCCAGAGAAAGCUCUCAUCUUAGGUUUCAUGGCCGGCUCUAGGGAUAAUCCUUGCCCGAAGUUGGGCAAUAUAGUCACAGUGAUGUUAUCGGAGAACGUAGAGGAAGUAACGCAAGCGGACGGCACGACUGUUCAGAUGCUGGUGGAAACUCAUUUCCAGAUGAAUUACAUGAACGGAGAAUGGAAAAGGAUAAAGAAAAAUCGACGCGUCGUUACGGAAGAGACUGCUACUGCGUCAGCUUCUACUGCUCCUGCUCCAAGCGCGACCGCUACGGCUUCCAAUUAAAACAAAAUUUUAUUCGAACUGAUGUAACGUGCGCGAUUAGGGACGUGCAUUACUUCGCGUUUAUCAAGGGAUAACGCACAUUGUGAUUAUUUGUCUUCUUAACGAAUUGGUAAAGGAAGUUGGCUGUUCCGGAGAAAUAUCCGCACUCUAUAAGGUCUAACAAAACUCGUAACAUAAUGCAGCUCCCGAUUAUCACAAUUUGUUAUCUCUAUCUCAUAAGCUAUUUCUUCAUUGCUUUACAUUAAUCCCAAGUUUUUAUAAUUCUCGUCUUGAGAAUUAUAACCGGAAAAGAAAAAUAUCCACCACAAAGCAAUUUCCUAAUAUUUUCGUUUAAUAGUAUUUUUUUAAGUGAAACAUUUAAUUUUAGAUAAUGUAUAAAUAGUUUUGUUAUAAGUAUUAAUUUAAAGUGCAUAUACAUAAUGCGAUAGAAACAAUACAAUGAAUAGUCAGGCAUUUUUGAUAGUGAUUAUUUGUGCGCGAAUUUGCAUAACAUAAAUA